AUGUCUCUUGGUCCUUUGGAACAUGGUAGGACGACAGCGGAGGAUCAGGCCAAUAGUAUUGCAAGGGAGAUGAAGGAUAUAUUAGAUUUUCUAAAGGAUGAAUUAUUUCGAACGCAAAGGAUUCAAGAAGAGUCCGCCAAUAUACAUCGGACUCCAGCACCUCACUAUCGUGUAAGGGAUAAAGUUUUCUUAUCGACCAGCCAUUUCCUCACCAAACGACUAUCGAAGAAACUCGAUUGGAAACGUAUUGGACCGUAUGUUGUGAAACGAAUUGUCAAUCCCUAUGCCUAUGAAUUAGAACUUCCUCGUUCGAUGAAAAUAUAUCCGGUAUUCCACGUUUCGUUAUUGUCGCCCGCAGUCAAUGAUCCCUUGCCCGGUCAGGAACAACUACCUCCACCCCCAGUUGAAAUCGAAGGACAGGAGGAGUGGGAGGUUGAAGAUAUUUUGGAUUCGAGGAAGCGCCGGGGGAGAUUCGAAUAUCUAGUGAAGUAUGUCGGAUAUAAUGAAGCUUCUUGGCAACCAUUGUCGGACGUCGAACAUUCGCCCGAUAUUGUUAAACGAUUCCAUGAACGUUACCCACGGAAGCCUAAGCCUACCAGGAGGUAG